AUGCCGUCGGUCGCCCAAGCCAGCCGUCCGGACCCCAGAGACUUCAUAUUCAGCGGAAAAACUGGCGAGAAACUAAUCCGAAAACGCGGCGAAAUUCGCGGAUAUGAUUUCAGUAUCGAUCGAUGCGAGGCUUGUGUGAUUUACCUGGUGGACCACAUCUCACAGGUUUUCAUUGACGAGUGCAAAGAUUGUAAGUCCACUGGUGACUUCGGUGAAUAG